GCAGGCUUCGUGGCAAUAUUGACACGUUUUGAGUAGUUUUGUCGAGAGCUUUCAUCGUCAUCAUGUCGGCUAGCUUAAAACUCGGCGAAAUGGUGGACCUGGCCCUUGGGUCGCCAGAAGUCGGGGCUGUCAAUUUUAAUGUACUACACACGUUACUGCAUGCAAUGGUACAGCAUUUGGACCUUGGUAAUAUCAAAGCUGAAAUCGAUGAAGCCGAUAAAGAAUUGCUGUUAAAAGCGAGAUCUAACCAAAAUCUUGCGAACGCAUCAACAACCGACGAAGAAAAGAUAAAAGACGAAGAGGGUAAAGGGAGUACUCCACUCAUUCCGAAAAGGUCUGUUUAUCAUGUUCUUGAAGAUAAAGUUUCACGACUUGAAAACCAAAUCGAUGCCCUUAACUCCCUGCCCAGCAAUGAAGAAUUGAUGGAAAGAUCACGGUCAUUGGAGAAAACAACGCCGGUUUCUGACAUGUGGCAACAAAUGCAACUUCAAAAGAGAGUAGACGCAAACGAAGAAGGAAUCGCAAAGUUGAUGUCCAUGGUGGAUGAUAUGCUGGCAGAAGUUAAUAGUUUAAAAAAUGAAGCUGUUGACUGGAAACAAAAUAUCAAAGACCUGAAUGAGAAGAUGGAACAAUUGUCUUCUCAAAACAUUGACAAAAGAUUAUCUAAAUUAGAAUCAUCAACACCAAACAAAGACAAAUUAGAUGAACUACAGAGGCUAAUUAAUGAGUUGAAUGAAAAAGUAGAGAAUGUGGCAUCAGCUGAUAUGUUGGAUGGUUUUGUUACUUGGCCUGGCUUAGAAGAUGCAUUGAAAGGAAUUAGACAGGAUCCUAUUAUGGUUUCUAACCAAGUGACACAGACGACUCAGUUUACUGGUAGUAAACAUCACAUUGAUUCUACUGAUACACCUCAGUUUACUGGUAGUAAACAUCACAUUGAUUCUACUGAUACACCUCAGUUUACUGGUAGUAAACAUCACAUUGAUUCUACUGAUAUACCCUUGUCUACUGACACACAACUCAGUGAUUCUGGUUUUAGUUCUGUACCUAAUGUGUCUGCUGCCACUAGUCCAAUUCCAUCCCGUCCAUCAUCAUCUCGUCCAGGAUCACGUAUGGGUCCAUCAGAAGAAAUACAAAAGAUUUUAUCAGAGUUGGGUGAACUUUGUGGAAAAUAUGAUAAUGUAGAUGGAAGAGUAACAGUCCUUGAGGAAAAUAUGCCAAACAAAGUGGAUAGAAGUGAAAUGGAUGAACUACUGGCAAACCAGCAAAUACCAGAUGAUUUAGCUGCUCAAUUAAAACGAUUAAAAGAAGGUCUGGAUACAUUGAAUAAGAACAAAGAUAAGGACUCUGAAUCUAUCAAUAACUUCCGUAGUGCUUUGAUGCAAUUACAAGAUGACUUAGAAAAACUCAGCAAUACUUGUACACAACUUGUUGAUGAAGCUAAUGCUAAACAAAAACAUAUAGAUGCUUUGUACACUUUCAUUGAUCGACUACAGGAGAUUAAAGCAGAUAAAGAACAUGUCACUAUGGAGAUUGAUGUGAAAGCAGACAAGCGUGCAUUGGAGAAUAAAAUUAGUCAACAUCAGUUUGAUGGUGCUGUUGGCAAACUGAAUCAAAAUGUUAGCGAUCUACUACUUAGGUUAGGUGGACAUCAAGAGGCUUUCGAUAAAGCUAUGCAUCAAAUAGAAUUAGAUAUAGAUACAAAAUUAGAUCGUAUGGAAUUAGAUCCAUUGAAGGAAUAUUUGGAGCGACGUAUUAAAGCCGCUAGUGCCAAAAUGAUUAAAAUACAGGCUGUCAAUGAUGAUGAAGAGGUGGCUGGAUUUAGAAAACCACUACAGCAUAAAGUUCAUUGUAUAUCUUGUGAUAGACCAGUAGAACUUGUUACUCAUGGACCUGUACCAUCAUUACCUGAGUCUAAGCCAUUACCUGGCACACGCUCUGGUCGUCCUUACACAACAUUUGAAUUAGAACAAAUACGAGCCAGCCAAAAGAGUCAAAAUAUGACGGACACUGAGUACUAUGUGACUUCACGUGCCUGUGGUGGAAGUCAUACUAUGACCUACCCUCAUCGAAGAAUUACAAGAAUGACACAUCUAAAUCAGUUAUUCCAGGAUGAGGAACCACCAACUCCCAUUGUAUCAGGACGCAUGUUGGAAACUGAGUUACAAGGUGCUGAUGGGCAUAUUUAUAAAGGCCGCGGUGAAACUGAUGAUGAUAGUAAACUACCAGCAUUACCAGGGCAAUCUGUUAAGAGUGUAUCUAGGACUACUAAAUCAACACAUCCUAUGAGUGGAAGGUCACGUCGGUUAAUUACACCAGCACCAAGUUCAAACAUGCCAGAACAUCAAGAUAUACAUCGACCAAGCUCAGCAGGCAGGCCUAUGUCAGCUCGUCCAGCAUCACGUCCAACGUCAGGCAGACCUAGUUCAGCUCGUCCAGCAUCUCAAGGGUCGCCACGGACAUCUCCUCAAGAUGUUAUUGGACCUCGCCCAGCUACUCCCUCAGGUGUGGCUGUUGAAGUACCACAAGCUGUUCCUGAAUCUACACAGUUACAAGCAGAGGAAAUCAGGCAAUCUUCACCAAAGCCAGAUGAAAACUAACAAUUGUAUUAUAGCCUUAGAGGACUUGCAUAAAACAAUUUACACAUUAGAAAUUUUACUGUAAUAAAAAUAUUUUAACAGUAUCCAAUACUUUUAUCUGACGUUUACAGCACACAUUAAUCUAAAUAUUUACUUUAAUGAUGUAAUUAGACUGAUGACUUUUUUAUAAAAUUUAAAUAAAUAUAUUGGUAAAGGCGUUUGGUGACAAUACACUUUUUACUAAUACAUAGCGCCCCCUAGUGGUCAGAAUCUCUGGUUCUGAAAGUUUUUAACCCAGGGUAAAAAGAUUGUAAAUAUUUGAAUUACUUUGCUAUGCAGGACAUAGGUAUUGAUGCUAUUUUCAUAUUUUCUGUAUGAUGCAAUUUGGUUUU